GCCUGCAAAACAGUAAGGGCACGAGCUCGCAGCGUCAAAGCAAGACUUUCCCUAUUUUCUUCUCAGAAUUUGCACCUUAGAACUAACCAAGGCUGAUAGCAGCUUUACAAAUUUUCUCGGCUCACUUCCCAUGCGUGCUCUUGUCUCUGAUUACCUUUAUAAUCUACGAUAAAUCAUGGGCAAACUCCAUAGCCGUUGGCCAUGGAAUCGAUCGUCGCCUUCUAUUGACCAUGUACCACCGACCGCGAACUCCACCUCGCCCGGACAGUCUUCAACACCCAUUUUCUUACAUGGCGUUGAGGUAUUACACGACUGCCCCGAUGCCAAUAUCGACAUCUGCUUCGUUCAUGGCUUGACAGGAAACCGCAGAAGCACUUGGACGGCACGCGGGCAGUCCGUACCGUGGCCGAAGACCCUUCUUCCAUCGGAACUAUCCAAAGCUUGUAUACUCACGUAUGGCUAUAAUGCAUACGUAGUAUCGAAGUCGGUGACAUCGACAAAUCGACUGAUCGAUCAUGCUACGGACCUUCUUGUUGAUCUGACAAACGACCGACGACGUCGUAACACGUUGUCUCGCCCCCUCAUCUUCGUCGCUCAUGGUUUAGGUGGCCUUGUCUGCAAGGAGGCCAUUUUGCUCUCCCAAAAUAACCCAAACCGCACCCUCCAAGAUUUAUUUACACAUAUCAGAGGCAUCGUCUUUAUAGGGACUCCCCACAAGGGCUCGUGGAUGGCUGAUUGGGCCAGAAUACCUGCCGCGGCUCUCGGAAUAGUCAAGUCAACUAAUAAAUCACUCCUUAAGAUCUUGGAGCCUGAUGAUAAAUUUUUAGAGUCUAUUAAUAUCAGGUUUCUAGCAAUGAUGCGAGGACAGCGUAAGGAAGGUAGGCAACUCGAAGUCGCGUGUUUCUUCGAGGAGCUACCCCUGCCUAUAGUCGGGAAAGUUGUGUCAAAGGAAUCGGCCACAUUCGAGGGUUAUGAUCCCAUCGCUAUCCACGCAAACCAUAUAGAUAUGGCUAGGUUCAGAUCUGCCGAAGAGUAUGGAUUUAAAAUGCUCAUUAAAAAGCUAACAGCAUGGGGGUCAGAGAUUGGUAAGGAAAACAAACAGCUUCUGUAAAAGGCAGUUUCGUUAAACUAGCCCUUCUAGGUCAGAGUAUACUCGCACCGGAAAUCGAUGUUAAGACGAGUGUUGCUGUUGAAAGGGAAGAUGACACGAUAACCAGUUAGUAUAGUCAAAGCAUUCAUUAUUCUGCCACUUCCUUACUCAUACUUGGUAGAACCAGCGAUGCACUAUCUUCCG